AAUUAGUGUUGACAUUGAUGGCGAAUGCAGAAGGCGAACGAAAAGAAUCUUUAUAAAUACUCUCUUUAUCACUCUCUCCAACAAUGUCUCGAGAAGCUCCCACUGAGAAGCAUUAUGUCCACCGUCGAGCUGGCCAUGUCAUGAUUAGCUAUGAUAAACGCCUCUUUGUGUGGGGAGGAUAUAUGGAACUUGCCCACACACAUCCAUACACACUUACGACUCAUAGUAAAUGUAUUUACCAUAGUGCCAGUGAUGUAUGGAUAUAUGAACCCCUGCUUGAUGUGUGGAAACGAAAGACUAAGCCGUGGAGAUAUUCCAGCAAACUCUUCAGGGUCCUGUGCAGCGGUUCACAACGAUCAUAUGUUCUCUCGGAGGUAACCGGGUGUAACCUCAUUACAUUAUAA